AUGGGGGGCAGUCCCCUGGACAAACAGUUGGUCAUUUACAAAAAGCUUGACUGCGAACAACAUGCAUGUCAAGAGUUUCCUGCCAUCGUUGAGGAACAACUGCAUAUCCUGUCAAAACCGAUCACCAUUUACGAACGCGAGAUCGAACAAAUAAAGAUCUAUUCGAAUGGGUUUAUAGCACUGGGUAACCACAGCACGCUGGUGCCUAAGCAAUAUCCUGCGGGAACGGUCGAAACGGGACAAAGGCUGGGCUCCCUGGGUGGCGAUUUCAUCGGAGUCUUUACAACGGUCAAUCACUGCAGUACUGGUGGUCGCAUAUCAAUCAGGUAUGACCUCUACUUACUCAUCUGCAAAAAGUGCGUUUUUUUUUCAAAUUUGUACACAAUGGAGCUUGCUUAA